GCCUAAUCUGUGCAGGACAGCGAUGGAGACCAGGGUGUGCACUGUGGCUCUGCUCAUUUAUCUGACAUUAGGAUGGACGGAUGCUCAGGGUCCCACUAACGGCACUGACUUGAGGCCCAUGUUCCCCUGCGGCGGUCACCUGGUCACAGACUCCGGCAUCGUGGCCAGCGAAGGAUUCCCCAGCUACUACAAACCAAACACUAAAUGCAUCUGGUACAUCACUGUCCCGGAGGGUCAUGUGGUCAUGUUGUCCUUCCGUCUCUUUGACCUGGAGGCCGACCCCACCUGUCGCUACGACUACCUGGACGUCUUCAACGGCCACUCGCGCUCCGUGCAGAAGCUGGGACGUUUCUGCGGGACGUUCAGGCCGGGCGCGCUCAUCUCCACCUCCAACACCAUGAUGCUGGAGAUGGUGUCGGACGAGGCUGACGGAGGCCGAGGCUUCCUAGCUUCCUUCAACGCAGGGAAGCCCCACAUGGAAGAGGACCAGUUCUGUGGAGGCCGGCUGACCAAAGCGCAGGGCUCCGUCAACACGCCCAACUGGCCCGACUCUAAUUACCCAGCAGGCAUCAGCUGCUCCUGGCACAUCUCCGUAGAGCCAAGCAACGUGAUUGAAGUCAAGUUUGAGAAGCUGGAUUUGGAGCCCGAUGCAUACUGUCGUUACGACUAUGUGGCAUUGUUUAACGGGGGGGAGACUGAUGACUCCAGGAGGAUUGGGAAGUUCUGUGGAGACAGAGCACCAGGAACUAUAGUGACAAAUGGCAACGAGCUCCUUCUCCAGUUUGUGUCGGAUCUCAGUGUGACCUCAGAUGGAUUCAAGGCGCACUACUCCAGCGUGCCGCAAGGGUCGCGGACACCCACCGCUGGAGGGGAUUUUAUCUUCAGUCCCCAAAUCACCUCAACGCCGCGGCCUGCAGCCAGGAGGCCGAUCAGACCAACGCCUAAACCCACCUCCAAACCAGCCAAACCAACUUUUAAACCAGCUAAACCAACUUUUAAACCAGCUAAACCAACCUCCAAACCAGCCAAACCAAUGUUCAAACCAGCCAAACCAACAUUCAAACCAACAAAACCAAUGUUUAAACCAGCCAAACCAACAUCCAAACCAAUCAAACCAGUGUUCAAACCAGCCAAACCAACUUCCAAACCAGCCAAACCAAUGUUCAAACCAAUCAAACCAGUGUUCAAACCAGCCAAACCAACUUCCAAACCAGCCAAACCAAUGUUCAAACCAGCCAAACCAACUUCCAAACCGACACAUAAACUAACUUCCAAACCAACACCUACACCAACUUCCAAAACAACACCUAAACCAACUUAUAAACCAACACCUAAACCAACUUUGAAACCAACACCUAAACCAACUCCCAAACCAAUUUUGAAACCAACCACUAAACCGAGUAAACCAACUCCCAAACCCCCCCAGAGACCUAGAUUUGGCCUCAUUCCUAAACCCACCCUCAAACCAGCCAGAAACCCGUCGAGAACUCCGCUUGUAAAGAAGCCUCCACUUCUCAAACCUACGCCCAAGCCUUCAAGCAAGCUCACGCCUAAACCCAAGCCAACCAAACCCACACCUAAGCCGCCCGUGAAAAAGCCUAUAAUUAAACUUGUAGCUAAACCUACACCCAAACCCAGGAUUAUUAAGCCAACACUCAAACCGAUCAUCAGAGCUAAACCCACACCUAAUCCUGCAGUGAAAACAAAGCCCACCAUGAAACCAAUCAGACCAAUCAUCAAACCAAUGAGGCCGACCCAAAAGAGUGCAGUUAAACCAUCACCUAAACCGUCAGGACCAAGCAAGACGGUGACGAAGAAGCCUGCUGUCGUCAAGAAACCGUUGCCACUGAACCCACAGUGUACACAGCCCUGUAAGAGGGCAGGAACCCUCCACACCAGCUUCUGCCCUCAUGACUUUGUGAUUACGGGUAAGAUAACGGACCUGAGCACUGGUCUGAGGGGCUCAGCGGUAGUGGAGGUGUCCCUGAUCAGGGCCUACAAGACAGGACGCCUAAACAUAUCCAAAUCAGGACCCCUCAAGUCGGUCACGCUGACCUCCACCUGCAAGAGAUGUCCUGCGGUCAUCAAAGGUCGGAACUAUGUGCUGAUGGGAAAAAUCGACACCCUGGGCCACGGCCACCUGAGCCCCUCCAGCUUCACCCUCCUGUAUAAACCCAUUCACGCCAAAGCACUGGACGUCCUCUCACGUAAAUCCUGCUGACGUCACGGCCUCAUCCACCAACCACACUGACAGCCCUGAAAAUAAUAAUGGAACCGUAUAGAGUGGAAAUAUUUCUCAGCGAUAUCCAGUAAUGUUUUUACAUAAUAAAAGACGGUCGCCAAAUGCUGUCACUUUUUACAUACUCAGCAUUAAUGAUGUCAUUUUUGUAUUUUGUAUAUAAAUUAUAUUAUAUAACUAAGAAGUAUUUCGCUGUUCAAAUAUGCAUAAUAAACACAGUUGU